AUGGAGCUGGAGUCAAUCUACGCAUGUGUCCACAUUGCGGGCGCACCUUCAAGAGAACCGAGCAUCUCGAGAGGCACGUCAGAACACAGGCUAGCCGAGCAUGAGGGCGACGUACCAUCACCUGAACCUGCGCAAGGGAAUGUGACUGUAGUACAACAAAGGAAUGACAGCAUCGCCGACCCAGACUUGGCUGCAGCUGUGUCGCUCUCUGGCCUGAGUGUUGACCCAUGGUUUUGUGCGAGAACACAGCAGCCGAUGCAGCUCCCCGUUGCUGUUCCUCAGACAGUAGACGAACAAGUGCAACACCAAACAAGUGCAGACGACGGCCAAUUCGUUCCCAACUUUCUGUCACCGCAGAUGCUCGACAGCGGCGUUGACUUUGACACCCACUUUCGCGAGUUCACCAGUUUCCUCGACGGUGUCGGUCUCUCUGCAGAGUGGAGCCCCUUCUUCGGCGACCCUGACAGGCAUGAGGAACCCAUCGACCCCAGGCUUACGCAAGAAAACAAUGAAGAGACCUCGCCUCGGCAAGGAGCUCCAACCCGAGCUGGAACACCGUUCAGCUCGUGGCUUCCUUCUGCACCCACGGGUAAUCGGAUAUCCAAUUAUGUCUCUGACACAGAUAAUCCAAGGGCCAUUGACCCCGAAACACGGCCUUUCAAAGUCACCGAAGAGCAGAGAUCGAAGCUCAAAGCAUCCAUCCUUGAUCACUCGCAUCUCCUGGACCCCUCUUUCUGUGUCCCAUCGAGACACGCUCUCACGCGUUACGUGACCUCUUUCUUCGGCGGCUUUCACACACAUAUGCCAUUCAUCCACAUCCCGACAUGGCAGAUCAACGAUCAUUCACCUGAGCUAAUCUUUGGUAUCGCGGCCAUCGGAGCGCAAUACUGCUUCGAGUCGAGGGCGUCAGAAAGGCUUUUCUUUGCUGGAAAAGCGCUGUUGAUGGAAAGGCUGAGAAAUGGUUCGGACUCAUUUGGUCUCUCAACGCUUCCCAUACCACAUGUUACUUCUCAGAGUGGUCGGCGUGGCGAUACGGAGGCUGAUUCGGCAGUCGAGACCAUCAGGGCCUUGAUUACGCUCAUGGGCUUUGCGACUUGGGAGCCCAAGGCACCAAUGGUCCAGGAGUCCUUUGUGUUGCAAGGUAUUCUUACUCAAGUCUUGCGAAACUCUGGUCUUGAAGACGUCGAUGAGCCCGCAUCGCCAACACCAUCAGAUCAGCCAAGUGAUGGUAACUCAUUGUGGCAUGAAUGGAAGACGUGGAUCAAGCAAGAGUCAAACAGACGCUCCAAGCUCAUCGGCUUCUCUUUCCUUCAUACGCACAGCAUCGCAUACAAUGUCUACCCAACACUCCGUAGUAACGAGAUUGGUCUCCGACUACCAUGCUCUACAAAGGAAUGGAAAGCCCCGACACCAGCGUUAUGGCGCGCUGCAACAAAAGAGAUUCAGGAGCCACAGCUGUUCUUCCGAGAAGCGUUAUCAUUACUGCUUAAGAACAAGAAUGACACAGCGCCACUACUGCCGAUUCCUACGCCAUUGGGUAACUAUGUCCUGCUCCAUGGACUACUCCAGAGAAUACACAUCGUGCGAGAUCUGAGCCUUCCGAUCGCCAGCAGCUCAGCUGUCCUUCCGAGUGAAGAGGUUGAGAAACUCGAACGAGGCUUGCGCUCGUGGACUUCUUGCUGGCAACAAGCACCAGAGUCAACCCUCGACCCAAACAACGAGAACGGACCGAUCCCCUUCACUUCCAGUUCUCUUCUGUCACUAGCGUAUGUGCGCAUAUAUCUGCACUUGGGCCCCUACAGACAACUCGAGACACGUGAUCCGCAACGCAUCGCAAAUGCCAUCGCAAGUAGUCCCGAUAUCGAGAGGAGUGACGGUGUGAUUGCCGCACUCCUCUACUCAGCGCACAUGAUCGGUAUCCCAGUCAGACUCGGGGUUGAUCGAGUCGCCCGAAGCCAGGCUUUCUUCUGGAGCGUAAGACAUUCACUGUCUGGCCUCGACUGCGCAGUAUUGUUGAGCAAGUGGUUAUCGAAGCUUGGAGAAACGAUUGCUGAGCAUCCGCUGAGUGACAGCGAAGACAGGAUCUUACACUGGGUGAGAUGCAUCGUGGAGGAGGCAUACACGGUCGUCGAUUUUGAUCAAGGCGUUGACACGGAUAACCCAAGUCUUCUUGACUUCCGAGAUCCAAGCAACUUAUCCCUGGCAGUUUUGAAGAUAUGGGCACACUUCUUCAAAAGUAACACACAAUGGCCAUUCAUCAACAUAAUUGGUGUUGGACUGGAAAAGUACAGGGAAAUACUUAUUCACAAGAACUUUGGCUGA